UAACAGAUUUGAACUAAACAUUUCGGACAUAUUAGUAUUUAAAAAUUUUGACUAAAAAUUAAAUUAUGGAAACAUGUCGGUUAAGCCCCCACUGAAAUUUGGCUGUGCCCGACUGACACUGGCUCACAAAACCUUUCAACUGCAUGGAAUAUUGGCUAGAAGGGCCAAUUCGCUGUCGAAACUGGGCAUACUAGGAAUAAAAUCUCGCCAAGGGCGUCGUAAGGUUCCCGGCUCGUCUAGGAACACAGACCGUAAUAGGGGCAAAUGGAAUUUUCAUUUGAAUGUAGAACGUUCUAAGGAUGCGGUAAAAGAUCGACAAAUGUCGUUACCUCUGAUGGUAUAUCUAUACAGUCCCUGGAAAAUGAUGGGCACCAAGUUUAAUUUAUGGAAGCUGAAAUUACUAUGGGACUGGGAUUUUAAAGAAGCAUACUUUGUUGACAAUGCCAAACAGGCGCUAGUGCUCGUUACCAGGUUCAUAGUCGAGAAGCGCAAUUCCUACAUCAAACGUUGCUCCACGCCAAUGGGAUACAAGCAAAUCAGCUAUGAUCUCCUCAGGCAAAAGAAACACCAGUCCGGAAACUUACCACACGAGCUGAUGCGUUUUGAGAAACGUCAUAUUCGACGCGCUAUCCCCCUAAGGGUACAGCGAUUGGAGCACUAUGAUCAUAAGUUUGCCUUUAUAGAUAUGAUAUUCUUGGCGUGCCGACGCACCAAUGACUUUACAUCCAGAGUGGAAGUGGAACAGAUGAAUAAGCUGGUUGAGCAGUAUGCAGACGCUAGUAAAUUAUUUGUCCGACAUCCCAUUGUAUUUGCCGAGGUAUUUGUACGCUUCCGAAGAGAUUAUUCGAUACCAACUUCUGUGCGAGCCGGCCACUGGCUGAUAUCCACAUAUAAAGUAGUAAAUUUGGAUCUGCUCAAUUUUCAUCCUGACUUCCAUGUUGGCAGUAGCGUCAGUGAGGUCUUUAAAUCCGCUGCCUCAAAACACAACUCUUACAUAAAUUUAAACAUGACGUGUGCCAACAAAAAAGAAACAUACUAGUUCACCUUAGAGCCCCUCCGGUGUGUAAAUUCUUAUUGCCUGGAAGACGUUUAUAAUCUGCACGAUAAUGAGCAUUGUGCCAUGCUAAAAACGCCAGGUGGCGCCAGUCGAGUAAACAGCAAAGUCGUGUAAGAGGGAGAACUAAAGGAAUGAAACUAAAGUGCAAGAUGUGUUGCUUCACUUAGCCCAGGCAUCCACCUCUGGCCAACUAUAUUGUCCUGUUGAUGAGCAGACGACGUAGUUCAUGAAUUUCUAAUGUUAAAUGCACCAGGAGUAAGGGGCGAUAGAGGGAGAUUCCAUGAACUUGAGUGAUGGCCAUGGACUACAAGAGUGGACAAUUGCAAGUGGGCUUCUAUUGACGCUAAGUACUAUCUUGUGAAAAUACGAUGAUUUUAAAAUAUCUACGGACUAAAUUUUUGUUGUUUUGUCCACGAAAAUAUUUUUAUAAUUUUAAAGCUUGACCGCAAACCCAACAAAAUUAUGGUGUUUUAUUUUCUUUUCGAUUUGACACUGA